CUCAAAGCAGACAGCAAGACUGAGGUCAAAUUUUUCCCGGAAAAAGUUCAUGCUGAGGGAGUCUUUGCGCAUCCGGAAGUCAUUUUUCCCAGGUGAUGUCAGGCUCAACAGUGACAAACGACACCAAUGAGGUGCUCACGGAAACCUUGCCUGAACCGGGUCCUGAUUGGCCAGUUGCAAGGAGAAUUUGGGACUGGGCAUGGGAACUACACUGGAUUGGGUUUGGCAUCUUAUUUGGUGUACUGGCCAUUUACGCAUUCAUUGCCGUAGCUUUCGCUAACCGUAGAAAAGGAUUCGGUUCAAAGCCUUUUUUCAUUGCCAUUAACUUGUUGCUGUUCGGCUUAGGAUCAACUAGAUCCGUGUAUCUGUUGUUAGAUCCCUACGAGUCGAGACAAAAUGGUAUCGAAGAUCCAAAAUGGUUGACGCUACUUCUCUUCGGAAUCGCUUACCCUUGUCUGACAUCAGCGUUUUCCCUGAUUCAUCUUGCUUUUCUUGAAGUCACUAAAAUGCAGAUCGUCCCGAGCAAGUUGCAGAAUGUGAAAUUUUUAUCUGGUGUCAUUUUCCUACACUUCAUCAUCGUUUUCAUCGCAGAGACAUCAGCGUCCAUAAAACCAGAGUUGGACUUUCUUCUGAUCGUGUGUCAGUCAUUCUUCAUCAUCUGGGGUUUGUUUCUAUCCGGUAGCUUCAUCUACAGCGGAUGCCGUGUCAUGAACAGUGUAGAGAACGUUCAGCGGCAGCUUAUUGCUAUGGAGAGUAAUGCACGUCCUUCACUGGGUACGACAAGCAAGACCAGUACGACAAAAGUGGCAAAGAUUACACUUGGUACGAGUUUCCUAGGCCUUGCCGUGUGUGGGUUGCAGUUCUAUUCCAUGCUAGGUGUUUACGGUAUGUACAGCAAAGCUGUCCAUCCUUCUCCAUGGCCGUGGCUUGCUUUUCAGUCGAGCUUUCGCUCCGUGGAACUUGCUAUGGCGGGUACGAUUGCUUAUAGUGCAAUGCAAACGGAAAGAGGGAAGACAAAGAUUAGCAGUUGGGCUGAGCGACGAGUUAUGUCGACGGGAAUGAUCAAACCAUCGCUUGUCCCAGUGGAGCUCGUGGUUCCCAACGUAGUGGCUGCUGUUUGAAUUUUCUGCUUGAGCUUAUGUUUGUGGACUAAGACCAUUUGCGAUGGAGAAAUUGGUUAGGUUUAUUAGCCAAAUUGUUAAAGACUGAGGAUAUGUUCACGAUACUUUAAAGAGCUCAGUCAUCCUGAGGUACAAUGGUUAACUUGAUAAAAGUACUUAGGUGCUAACUCGAGAGAAGAAGAUUUAGAUUGAAGGCACUCGGAUCGACAGAGUAGAAGAAGAGGGUUCAGCAAUCGCUUCGCGACGGAUUCUUAAGCACCUGGCAAAUGCUUCCUUCUUGUAACUGCCUCCAAGGUUUAUGUCACGAGCCAACGCUCUUAAAGAUGAAUUUCAAACUUGAAUAAAGGUAAAUUGGAGGCAUAGUAGAAUUAGGGAACAACAUGCAUGAGUCAACUCUUGGUUUUUCAUACGCUGAAUAGUUACUCCAGUCCUCGUCGUACCAACUGCUGAGGACUUAUCGGCUGUGUUCAUUGGACAACGUGACUGGUUGAAAAAUUACUUGCUUUUAAUAGUGUUACGAAAAUGAAACUAAAUCAGUAACCUUUGUUUAGCUUUGAAAAAAAUUUCAUCUGCAUUAUAAAUUAGAGAACACUAACUCGAAUUCGUUACUUGUUGCGCUUAUAUCACACGGUGUUAUUUACUUCCUUCCUAAAUCUCUAUGGAGAAAUAUUGAAUAAAAGGAAGAGGUAUACUGUGGGAAGCUUUUAAGAAGGCAAACAGACCUUGCGAAUUUUCUGCGUGAGACUUUUUGUUCAAUUUUUUGUACCAAGACUAAUUACUAGAGCCUAAUUACUUCCUUCUUUCCGUAUUGGACUCUGAAUCAGUGAGGAGAUCUUUGAAUGUUCUCAGGCUAGUGAAAGAAAGUUUCCCUCGUACUGUGAAAGGAAAAAUUAUUACCGGUCAAAAUUACCCCCAGAAUACUGAAAUUAUCAUUGCACAAAAGAAACUUACCAAUUAAUCAUAUCAUACGAAUCAUUGUUCUCCGUUCCAAAUUCAAACAUUGUCAUAAAUAUCCGUUGGAGUUUUUUCAUCUUAAUUUUAUAAACGAUUCAAUGUUUUAAGAAUUUGAGCUGAAGACAUCUAUUAUUUGUAAGCUGUGUUUAGAACUUGAGUUUAUAUAGGCUAAGACUGCCCAAACAAGAAGUUGCCAAAAUUAAUGAUGAUUAUCAGCUAAUGAACUAAUUAAUCAAG